AUGACGUUUUCGUACGCGACUACUGUGGACAGGAUUUAUAAGAGGUACGGUAGCGAAAGCUACAGUAAUAUUGCCUAUCUGCAUCAUCCCAGCGGCGUCACCGUCGUCGUUCUCCGUGAGGUUUUCUCAUUUUAAAAUAUUUUUGUCAUUAUACGUUCAUGUGCCAAUCAUCGCGUAGAUUUUUGUAGUUAUCUAAAUGUGUACUUCAGAAAGCUAUCUAAAAAUAUAUAUUUUCUUUAUAUUUUUUCUAGUAAUCAAGGAAACAAAGCUCUUUUACUUUUUUAGAGCACAGAACUUUGAAUUAAAUUUUUUUUUAGUAAUAAAAAAAAGUUUUAGCUCAACAUUUGUCGAAUGUUUACAGGAAAUUAUGUAUUUAUACAUUUCUCGAAGCUCAAUUAAAAUUUUUCUUAAUAAUAUCACGAAGUUGAUUUUUCGAAUGAGAUAUGAUUAUCAAAAAAACGCAUCAAAAAAAUCCAGCUUUAUAAAGAAAAAUGUAUAGUUAGGAAAGAAACUUAUUUCUUGGGCUGAAGUAAUUUUUUUAAAAUCUCAUUUUUUUCAUUUUUUUAUUUUUGAGCUUUCCUCAAUGUAGUCUACGAUUUGAUGUUUACUAUCAAGAAAAAAAAAAAGAAUCAAUCACUCUUUUCUAAUAUAAAAAAAUUUUUAGAUUCCGAGUAGUGAAGUGGUUGAAGUCGACUUCGGGAGCACUAAAAAAAGAAUGGCCCAGAUCGAGGCGAAAAGACUGUUGUCGGCAAGGGAAAGAAGGCAUUUCUGUGCAGCAAAUCUAGAAAUCUAAUGUACUUUUGUUAGGGCGGUCUUCUCCUACAGAAGGAGACACGGUUAUGUACGAUCCGUUGCAAAGACGGUAGCGAAAUAGUUGUCCGAGCCGGUUUGAAAGGCACUUUGGCUGAAGUUAAUGACCGCCUCAAGGAUAACCCGGAUUUGGUCAGGACGGCACCGGAAAAUCAGGUUUAUUUUUCUAAAUUCCUGUUUUUGUGCUUGUUAGAGGUUAUAUAGGAGGUUUGUUUCUUGAUGAUUUACAUUCGCUUCAUUUCCAAGCAUUUAUUUACUUGGAUAUUUUUUUCAACUUGAAUGUUUUUUGCAGUUUCAUCCAUCAAAAAAGAUAGUUUUGUGAUUCGAAUGUUUUCAGAGACUAAGGAAUUCCAGAGUGAUCCCUAUAUGGGUUAGAGGAAGGAAAACUCCUAUAGGGACCGAAAAAGUGGUCCCUAUAGGGGUUUUAAGAAAAGUAGCUGUAUAUAAAACUUAUAAAUGAAGGAGAUUUCUUAUUCUCAAAUGAAAUCACUUUUAUUUAUCAUCAUUCAGGGCUACAUUGGAGUGGUGACUUAUGGAGCCGGAAAGCGGGAACCCGAAGGAUUUGGCGAUGAACUUCCGGCCAAACGCGUUUUUCUGAGGGACAAUGAACCAGUACUCACGGAGAACCUUUAG